GGAAGAAGGCCCAUCUAUUUUUUCCGAAAGGCCCAUGAUUAUUAGGCUUGCCUAUAUUUCCGUCUCCUUAUAUUAACAAAACGAAACCCUAAUUCUCUCAUAAAGCAAAGUAGCGGCCAUCAGAGUUCCCAUUGUGCUCAGAAACUGCAGCAAAAAUGACUUUUAAGAGAAGAAAUGGAGGACGUAACAAGCAUGGACGUGGACAUACCAAAUUCAUCCGCUGCUCUAACUGCGGCAAGUGCUGCCCUAAGGACAAAGCGAUCAAGAGGUUUCUUGUGAGGAACAUUGUUGAACAAGCAGCAGUGAGAGAUGUGCAGGAAGCUUGUGCUUUCGAAUUGUACACUCUUCCUAAGCUGUACUUGAAGAUGCAAUAUUGUGUCUCAUGUGCCAUUCACUCCAAGGUUGUUAGGGUCCGCUCUCGUACUGAUAGGAGGGUCCGUGAGCCUCCACAGCGCUUCAGACGCCCAAGGGAUGAUCUUCCCAAGGCUGGUCAAGCUCCACGCCCAGCCGGAGGGGCUCCUCCUCCUGCUGCUGCUCGUACUUAAGUGCCUGCCUUUUUGAUAAAUUGCUACUAUAGGCCUUCGGGUUUUUGUUUUAUUUGAGCAAAUUUAUGGUACUUAAAUGUUGUGUUUUUGAAAUGGAUUUAUUAAUCUAGUUUACUUGGACAACCUUUAUUUUGUGCAUGCAGAUCUCAAGAAACCCAGGCCUGUUGGUCAUCUUAUUGCUUAUAUAGCCAUUGCAAUUGAACUCUCUUUGCCUAAA